UACCUGUUUAAUGUGCCUUGGUACCAACUUUUUCAGGAUUUGGGUACCGACAAUUCAGCACAUCACUAAUUGGUUGGUAAUUCGACAAUUCGGCUGCUGUUUGUUUGUUGCUUUAUUCUUAAAGAUUUGACAAAAUCGAAUUGUUUUGGUAAUUUAAAUUAUUGCAACAAAGUGUGUGAGAGAAAUAACUCGUGACGACGCCAAGGGAUUCAUAAACUUUACAUACGUGUUGCUUCUAAGUGCAUUUGUGGAAAGUCCGUAGUUUGAUUCCAAUACGCCUAAUAAAGUGAUUAAUCUGACAUGUUGGCGCAUAUAAAAUACUACUAGGAAAAAGCAUAUAGUUAUUGCAAUUUGCAAUUACAUGAAAAAAACAGUGAACCAUAUUUCAGCAGCUGAAUUUGCUAAUGGUUUUGUGUGCAGACUGCUAUCGCGGCCAUUGUAUUUAUAAAAUUUCGAGAUGCCAGCUAUUCAAGAAAAAAGUUUUACGAUGUGUGACAUCUGAUGAGUGAAUCAUAGCUGAAAAAAACUUAAAUUCUGCGUUAAAAGUGCAACCAAAUUCAUAUCGCCAAUUGAACAAAAUGUUCAGACUAAGUAGAAAUUGGUGUAAGGAAUAAGAAACCAGAUUUGUGAACGAAGUAAUUAUCAUUUUGCUAAUCAAUUAUGAUAUAAAAAUAGUAAACAACAAAAACAGUUGACAAUUAAUUUUUUUUCAAAUAAACAGUACUUCAGAAAGUAAGAUAUCAUUUGAACGUGCUUAAAAUAAUAAUCUGGAGAUGAAUGCAUCAUCAACCACGCCGUUGGAUACGGCUGUUAACAAACAUGGGUCUUUUAAAGGCUUUAAUUACCCGCUAGCUGAAUCUAAUUAUACUGGGAAUUCUAGCAGCUUGGCUUCCAAAUGUGAUAAAUUUAAGCGUUACAGUAGGACAAAGCUUUUUGAUCUUCGCAAUGAUUCAUAUUCUCGUCGCCGUCCUGAAAAAAAUCUUCAAGCUGAAUUGCAAUCCCUUGGUAUAUGGAAGUUUAAUUCCGGUGCGAACGUAUAUCAAAAUGGUGUUAGCCCAAGCAGCGAAGCGGCUAUUGUUUCUAGCUUAAGUGGCGGUAGUCACUCUGUACAAGUGUCAUCUACUCAUUUGCGAUCACAGCGCUCUCCUUCAAGACGUGAUCAAAAUACGGCAGUAAACAUAAAUUCAUCAUCUCAGCAUAACUUAUCUCAUCAUAGCCUUCAUAAGUCUUACAUUGAUCACCGCAGCAUUUCCUCGUCACAUCUCAUGCCAGCAUUUGCAAAGAGACGAAUAGCGGCUUCUUCAACCACAACAAGUAAUGCAACCGGAAUGGUUUCUCAAAAUUUACCUGGCAGUGGAAAUUCGUCGUAUGGCCCCAACUCUCCGGUUGAUACCCGGUCACAAACACCUACGGAUGUUAAGGAUGGCAUAUUGUGUACCAGUAUUUCUGCGGGAAACAAUGGCCAUAUCAGGCAACGUACUAAAGACAAAUUAUACGAAUACCGUCAUUCUGCAAGUGCUGGAAGUUCCAAUGUUGGAGAUGAUCCAAACAUAUUAAUUUCUCCGCAACGUAAAGUAUUGGCUGAACACGACCGCGAUCGAGAUCAAGAGCUCCAGUCAAGCAAUGGCUGCUUAUCUUCUCCGGUUUCGUCAGGUUCUGCGAGACACAGUCACAAUAGUGUUGGCCUUGCUCAUGAGCGACGAAUUGGAAGCGGUCGCUUGCUCCCUCGCGACGUCAGUUGGGAUUAUCGUACUGCACAAGACAGAGAUAAAAGUCAAAUAUUGAACUCGGUUACAACAAUAGAUAAAGAAGCAGCUUCAAAUCAUUUAGGGCAGACGCGAGGGGGACGGUAUACUGAACGAACUAAUGAUCGGACUUCUGGUGGGGGUAAUGGAUUUACAGAACGCCGACAGUUUGAUCACCGUGGCGGCGGUAAUGAUGAUAAUAUACGUGAUAAAUAUGAGCAAGGUAUCAGCACAAACUCACCCAGUGCUCAUAGCGGUGUAACUAGGAAAGACAUAUAUGGACCGGAGUCGUCUUCAAGUCAGCAUAUUGUAUCACAUAACCGUAAUCGGCGCAAUCAUCAGUAUAACGAAAGGAAUGAGGAGCCUGAAUGGUUUAGUGGCGGUCCAACAUCACAACAUGAUACAAUUGAGCUGCGAGGAUUCGAGGAAAUCGACGAUCAUUACAAUGCCGGCAACAGUCGGAAUCCUGGUAAUAAUAAACGAUCAGCUUUUUCAUCAUCGUCGAGAAAAAUGAGUGAAUGUUCGUCCUCUCGCGCAAGCAGCACAAUGAAUUUGUCUAGCUCGAAGUCGAAAGAACAUUUGCAUGGAUCAGUUGACCAGGAUAAAGAAGUUAAUUGCACCCCAAGAAUGUCUCAAAAUAAUUUACCAAGCAGUAAUACCGAAAAUGUUGAUCCUCCUAACGAAGAAGAGAAAAAUUCUUCAUUUGAGGGUGGUGAUAGCAACAAUAAUAGUUCUGAGAUAACUCAAAGAAAAAAGACAGCCAAUGAGGGAUCUCUUCCUGAUUUCUUAUUAGAAAAAGAAGGGACAACACCAAAAGCUUCAAGUAACUCACGAAUUAAUACAAGAGACACCGAAUUUAAUUUCGACGUUUUUCUUAACCCUAAUCUUGACCCACUCAAGCAUUCACUCAUGCGAGGAGAUAAUUCAAAUGGGAACAUUAAUGAAAUUAUGGGUAGCUCUCGAUUUAGUCGAUGGUUUGGAAAUAAAAAUGGCUCCACUGACACACAAUCAUCGGCUGGCAGCAACAAUGAUAACAGCAUUGCCACGGAGUCAGUUCAAGAUAGAGGUGUAAAUAAAGACGAAACUAAUACUCUUAUGGAAUUUCUAAAUAAACUGCCCUCAUUACCGGAUUCCAGUGUAUCACAGAAAGUAACUACCAUAACCAGCGUAGAAGAACUGGAGGCGCGUAUGCGUGGAACGAAUUCCGGUAACGGAAUUUCUACUGAUCCUACAGUUACACGCAAUGAAACCCCAAUCAAUAAGCCACAAGGGAGGCCACGUGACAUAAUUCUUCCUAUCCCAAACGAGCAAUGCAUUGCCGGGCAACCUCAAGCAGGAGAGAUAGAAGCUUUCAAAAAGUUAUUAGAACAACUUGGAUCUGGAAACAAACACCAUGCACAGCCUCAGCAGCAUUUAUUACCAACCAAUUUGCAACUGAAUGUGUUGCUUCCGCCCCAAAACCAUACCAGUCCGCUACCUACGGUGAAUAUAAUACAGCCCGGUACUGUGAUGGCACAGCAUAUGGUUAUUAAGAAUGAUGAGUUAAAAAAAAUAAUGCACCCACAAUCAGCUUUUCACCAACAUAACCAAAACAAUGGAGAUAUGAGCAAUGUAUCGCAACCACAACUCUCGACUUUAUCCAUUCUGUUCGGGAAUCAACCUCAGAAGCAUGCGGAGGCAAGGCAUCUCUAUCAGUGCAUAACGCGUGGCGAAGUGUCAAUUCAUUUCUUGGAGCAAGAACUGAACAAUCCAAAUGCAUCACCACAUGCAAAAGAAGUAAUUGCUGCAGUUUUGCGUGAAAUGAAUACCGGAGUGGUUUCCAUUUCUAAUGCCCCACAAAACCAUGCAAUACCAGGGCCUAUUGGAACACAGCCGGAUCAUUCUCCAUUGCAACUAUGUAGCAGUAACGGCACACCCAUUUCCAAUCAAGCUCUAACAAAUUCAUCAACCGAACCAUUGCAACAUCAGCUUUCACAGCAAAUUUCAACUUCUAAUGUUAUUCUUUGUGGUCAAACCGAGCGUAUUUCGCUUUUACCUUCACAUCAACUACCGUUAAACCCUCAAGUUAUGCCGAGCCAACGAGAAUUGCAAUUUCACACGCAAACAAUAAUGCAGAAUGCCAUGCUGAAAAAGAAAAUUGAGGAACAGCAGCAGCAGCAGCAGCAGCAACAAGAUUCGCUAAGGAGGCGUCCAGAAAUUCAGAAGCAACCGCAGCCAAAUAUGUUGUCCGUAUUAAAUGAACUGGAUAUACCACAAAAGAAUGUGCAACAAGUUCCAAACUCUAAUAGCAUGCAACAGCAACAAAUAGCGGGCACACAGCAACAUACUCAUAUUUCGCAUGCUAUGCAACAACAGCAUCAACAAUCACGGCAUAUUCACUCGCCGACGCCGUUGGCAUUCACGCCGACAUCAGUUCUUCGCAAGAUGACUGCCGAAAAAGAUAAUGCAAACACAACAACAACUCACAGUACGGUCAAUACUGUAUUACAACAGCAAAAUAAAUGUCUAGCACAAAAUAGUUUUAUAAAUUGUCAAACUACGCAGCAGAUGCAACAACAGCAACCGAUUACCACACACCCACGAAUGAUACUUGGUGGUACUAAUUCCUCACAGCAACAUCAGCAAAUGAGUGUCGUCAAUAAUCAGUUGCCUACACAAUCUACAGCUCAAGCUGCUCAACAGCAAUCAAUGCAAUCUUCUCGAAACACAUUGGUGCCAAUGAAAUGGCCCUUGCAUUUGGUAAAUCAAAAUAUGACGGCUAUCAAACCAAUGGGGCGUCCAAUUUUAAAAGGCCCAUUGCCGCCACCACCAUCUAGCCAGCAGCAUCAGUCACAACAGCAAAUGCAGCAGCAGAUAUCUCAACUGAUGUUCAAUAAAUUAGAUUUUCAACAAAUGCAACAGCGAUUAAAAAACAAUCAAUCGCAUGUUUUAAGCCAGACUACACCUCCGUUUCCGCAGCACACAAUAGCGCCCCAACAAGCAUCAAGCCAUACCAAUAUAAUAACACAUGUACAACAACAGCAGCAGCAUUUAUAUCAACAUCAACAACGUGCUCUAGCAUUGCAAAGGCAUCAGCAACAACAAGUUCACCUGCAGCAGCAGUUGCAAAAACAGCAGCAACAACAACAUCAGCAGCAACAGUCAAUUGACAACAUGUGUUUGUCAUCAUCUUUGGUAGGUGAAAGUAGUAUUGUAUCAAAUAAUGCUGCAGAUACUGCGGCUGCCGCUGCUGUAAAUAUAAUAAAUUAUCGAGAUGGCUGCUUGUCUCCUACUAGUAAUCAAUUGGCACAGUGGUUUUCGCCUGAAUUACUGGCACAAGCAUCUGCAGGAAAACUGCCACUGCUCAAUAUGAAUCAAACAUUAAGUUUAGAAGAAUUUGAAAAAAAUAUGCAACAUUCCUCAACAACGGUGCACAAUUAAAACCACUGAAAACUCGGCGUAACUAAAUUUAAAUUGCGUCUACCUUGGGAAUCAUUAUUCUAUAUAAAGUUGAUUUGUUUGCUUGGCAUAUUAAAUAAGCUAAAAGUAUCUCUAUACAGCCCUAGCAUUAAACAUGAAAUUCAGCAAACAAGUUCAUUAUGAAUUUUAGUUUUUAUUACGAAAUUAGUAGAAAAUAAAAGUUUUAGUAUAGCGUAUUCACUUGUUAUCUUAAUAUGCUUAUAAAUUAGUAUCUCAAUUGUUGUAAAUGCAUUAUUUAAAUUGAAACAAUUAUACUUUAUAAAAUGUAAAAUAUAUAUAUAAUGAUCUAGAAAAUAGAAAACAAUA